ACAGCUGCCUCUACCAAGCAAACACACACACAUGCGCCUGCUGUAUGCAUAACCAGCAGCUCACUAUAACCACACAAAGACUCAGACUCGUCCAAGUGCAGUACCAAGGAAACAUUGCUCCCGUACAGAGUUCUCCGUUGAAGAGAAUCAACGAUGUCUGAGCCUGUUAGAGUCGUCCUGUGGGGGUGCCCUCGUACCUGCUCAUCCUCCUUUCUAAAAUGCAUGAGCAAGAUUCCAGACACCCAGGUCCUCUUUGAGCUGUUCACAACGGCCCACCUCUACGGACCCGAACGGGAUCAAACCGUCGCGACCACGUUCCAGAAGGAACCUCAUGUCGACACCAAGGUUGAGGAGAAUGGCCUCCUGGCAAGGGAGUCCAAAUCGGGCUUUCACAGCUCUGUCGCCACAUACAGCUUCGCCAAGAAGCAGCUGGAGGCAGACUACCAGGGCAAGAAGGUCAUCAUCGCUAAGGAGAUGGCUCAGUGUCUCAUCCCAAAGUUGGACCACCUCCCCAAGGGGUAUCAACACGUCUUCCUGAUCAGGAACCCCGUCAAGGUGUUCCCCUCCUGGAAGAAGAUCAUCCAGGAGGUCCUGAUGGUCAGAUACGGGGAGCUGACAGCUCUUGAUGACUUGAUCAUCGACAGGCAGGCUCGAGAUGUCAUGCCAUCUGGGUUUGGCUUCAAGGAAACCUAUGAGCUCUACCAGUACAUCAAGGACAACAAACUCGGUCCCGAGCCCAUCAUCAUCGACACAGAAGACCUAAAGAAUAACCCAGCUGGCAUCCUGUCCCAAUUCUGCGAAAGGGUAGGGUUACCUUACACAGAUGACCUUCUCGCCUGGGAGAAAGGGUCUGACGUGGCCGACUCCUGGAUCAUCAGCCAGCGCCACAAGUUCAUCCUGAAGAAUGCCAAGACUUGUGAAGUCUUCCGUGAGAGCACCGAGUUUAACAAAUCUCCGAUGGGAAAUGAGAACGGUGUAGCCACGCUGACUGCCGACGUUCAGCGGUGUGUGGACGCCAGCAUUCCUUACUACACAAAGAUGUUCGAGCACAGACUGAAGGUUUAAGGGCUAUGUAUUGCACAAGUAAAGAGACAUCUUUCAAGAGUGAACGCUAAUACUCCUUUGCACUUUGGUGUGUUAAAAUUUGCAGCGUUUUUUUUGAUAAGUCAGCACUCACAUUAAAUGACACAUUAAAAGGAGAGUUGAACCAGUGUUGCAUUGAAUGAUGAUUUGAAUGUACAUGUAAUGGUCGUUCAUAGUUUCUGUUGUAGAGACCUAAUCCACCAAAAUCAUCCAAGUAUACACGUCGAGGGGUGCGAGACUUGUAAUUUGUGUAAUAUUAGCCACCUGAAAUAUUUAAGCCGCAGAAAAUGUAAUAGAUCCGCCACGCCAUUACAAAAGGCUCACCAGAAAAGCCAUUUAAAAAUGUUUGUAUAUUUUAAGAAAAUAAAAGUAAAUUACAAAAGCAUCACUUUCGUGUAUGAUUUAACUUUAUCAACGAAAAUCAACUCAGAUGUGCAUAUUGUAAGUUGUAUGAUCAAGAAUGAGGUUGCUUGGUUUUUCUUCUCUUCUCUGGGGACUAUCCCCCAUAAAGCAGGCACGGAGUGCGUUUUGGCGACCCCAACCAAAGCCCAACCGACUCAGAAAGUCGGUUACUGGUUGUCUGAACAGCAUCGUCACCGCGCUCAACCGAUGACCAAUGUUUCUGUUGGGGGUCGCCAAAACGCACCCAUGUUGCUAUACAUAGAAAUUUACAAACUCUAACCCAGCUACUACAUGCGCACUGACUGGCCUCAGAUCUUAUACAGCCAGCCCGGGCGUGUGCAGUAACUGGGUGAGAGUCAAUGCUGUAAAGACAACCUUUAAAUCAUCCCUUUAUGGGGGAUGAGGUUGGGGGGGCGUGCACUGUUUGCAUAUCAGGGGUUCUCUUAAAGGCAGUGGACACUAUUGGUAAUUGUCGAAGACCAGUCUUCUCACUUUGUGUAUUUCAACAUAUGCA